AUAAGCACACUCCCUGCAUGGCUCAUUACUUCACCAUUCCAUACUUUGCCUCCAAAAUAUCCGAUAGUGAAGAACAUUUCAUUUUUCUUAAGAUCAAAAGAUGAGCCGACCAGGAGACUGGAACUGCAGGUCAUGCCACCACCUCAACUUCCAGAGGCGUGACUCAUGCCAACGUUGUGGAGAUGCCAAGUCCGGCGUAGAUUUCGGGGGCUUCGGCGGAAGAGGAGGAGGAUCCUCGUUUGGGUUCAUGACUACCGGCUCAGAUGUUCGGCCUGGUGACUGGUACUGCGCUGCUGGCAACUGUGGAGCCCACAAUUUUGCAAGCCGUUCCAGCUGCUUCAAAUGUGGGGCUUUCAAGGAUGAUUCUGCCAUUAGCGGCGGUGGUGGCUUUGACUCUGACCUGCCACGCUCCCGGGGUUUCGGGUUAGGACUUGGCGGUGGUGGCGGAGGAGGCGGAGCAGGUGGUGGUCGACCUGGAUGGAAAUCUGGAGAUUGGAUUUGUACCAGGUUGGGGUGCAACGAGCACAACUUUGCUAGCAGAAUGGAAUGCUUUAGAUGCAAUGCCCCAAGAGACUCAUACUAGCCUAGCUACACAUGUCUUAUGCAAUUUUGGGCAUAUUUUCUAAUGAGCAAGAGAGAUGAUAUAUGAUUGUCAUUGUUUCUGAGUUUCUAGCUAGUUCUAGGGUUUUACAUAUAUGCCUAGCAUUCUGUUAUCUAGGGUUUCCCACAAAAUUAUAUCAAUGUAAUUUUGGUGCUUCUCUUUGAUUGCUGUCAUUUGUUUUAAAUGUUUAUUUAAACUCUUGUACUGUUCCUGGUUUCUGAAAUGAAUGAAUGAAUGAUAUGAUUCCUUGUUCUU